UGUUAUAACGAGUUAGCAGGUGUAAUACAGAGAUUUCACCAUGUGUCUGGAAUUUCUCAAAAUGUCGGAUACACAGUCUGCAAGAAAUGCAAGAAGAAGGAAGUAUGAAGAAAAACCCAAACAAGGAUUUUUCCGGAAUUUGAUAGACUCGGUUAGAUUUCGUGGGAAGAAGAUGGGCGCUGUCCUUGGAUUGGUGGACACAAAAUUAACGUCAUUUCAGAAAAAGAAAUUACUUCAUGAAUUCACAGUGUUCUUUGACCUUAGCAAAGAUGGAAAAUUGGAUUGGAAAGAUUUUGAUAUGGCUAGGCAGAAAAUUUGCGAAAUGAGCGGCUGGAAGCCAGGUACUGAUAAGUACAUUAAAACACACGAACUGUUUGUAACAAUUUGGAGGAAACUGCAGGACGAGGGCGAUGAAAACAACGACGGACUCAUCACAACGGAGGAGUGGUUGAAGAUGUGGCAGAACUUCAGUGAACAGUGUAUUAAAGAGGGAAACAAAGAUGACAAGGUUCCGAGUGAGCGGAAGCUUCCCGAAUGGCUUGAGAACUACAUCCGGUACAAGUUUGACCUCUUUGACAGGACCGGAGAUGGAAAUAUAGACUGUGACGAGUUUGAAUAUGUACUUGGGGAUUUCGGAGUUCCGGCAAAGGAUGCCCGUUCUGCUUUUCUCAUGAUCUCAAAGAAUAAUGAGAAGAAAAUCGACUUUGAAUAUUACAAAGAACUGUGUACGGACUACUUCCGGUCUAAUGACCCCAGUGCACUUGGAAAUUUUAUCACAGGAAAACUAGUUUUUGGGGACACAUGACUUUUUGUUCUCAUAUUAAUUUCACUGUAGACAAAGUUAAAUGCUGCAUGGAAUGUAAACAUCCAAAAAUCUUAUCAACAUAAUCAACAUAAUGACUUAAUUUUUUUUGUUAAUAUAUAUAUUUAUGUUCAUUUGACUUCAGCGACUUGCACUUUUAUUUGAAUAUAAUUUUGCCCAUAUGCAUUGAAUUCAAUAAUAUGAAUAUUAAUAAGCUUCACUGUGAAUUUAUUUGUUUGAAUACAAGAGCCGGAAAAGUUUGAAAAGAUUUUACUUGGCUAAAUGAGAAGGCAGCAUGCACCUUUCUACAACAGGACCAGAAUUGAUAAAUGAUUUUAAUUUCUUAACUAGUAUAUCUGUAUCAAAAAAAAGCGCUAUUCUGGGACUAUGAUAAAAGAAAUUUAUUUUAAAAUGCAAUAAAAUCACAUUCAAAGAAACGUAUACGUAGAUGGCAAACUAAUUUGCAAAAGAAC